AUGAGUGACCAGCAUGGGACUGGCGUGGGUGACAAGCGUCUUCAUCCGCAUCUUCAGCCAUUGCAGUCUAAACCUGAUGUUUUGGACGGCACUAGCAGCGGUAUGAGCAGCACAGGAGCGAGAAUCCACGACCCCACAGCGUCGAGUAGCAGCAGCGGCUCACUGACCUCAUCACGUCCUGCAGAAUCUGUUCCUCUGCUAGGUAACGGACUGCAUGGAUCGCACCUACACCAGCAUCAGCAAGAGCUGCAACCCCAUCUGCAUCAGCGGCCACAACAGCGUUUGCAUGAGCAACAGCAUCAAGAACAGCGACUUCAACAACAACAACAACAACAACAACAACAACAACAGCCGCAACAACAACAACAACAACAACAACAGCAACAACAACAACAACAACAACAACAGCAACAACAACAACAACAACAACAACAACAAGAGCGACUGCAUUUGCAACAGCAGCCGCAAUUUCAGCCGCAUAUCCCGCAUCAGCAUCUUCAACAACAGCAGCAGCAACAGUAUCAACAACAGUAUCAGCAGCAGCAGCAGCAGCAGCAGCACCAUGUUGAUCAACAACAACCGUUUCAACAGACGCAAUCAAAUUAUAUGUCUGCUGGUUUCCCACAAUAUCAAAGAACGUAUGCGUCCACUUACGGCUUGCAAAUGACAGCAGCAGCAGCAGCAGCAAAGCAGCAACCAAUGGCUCCCUAUGGCACAAGCUACAAUUCACCUAUGGGCCCUGGAUACCUACCGAGCCCCAUCCCUCAACCUUUGCCGAACGACAAAUCGCUCGAAGCCCACCGCGGCUACCAGCAGCAGUUUCCAAUUUUUCAGGCGAGUCAACCUCAUUUUUCUCCCCCUUAUGAACCAAUUGACAAGAAACGUACUUUCGUAGAGUAUGCAGACGCUCGUCCAGAGGUGUCAAAGGCAAGAAUUAGUGUGCCGGGUGGCAAGAAAAAUGGCAACGAAACCAUGCUGAGAGAGUUGGCAGCGAGAAACAAGACGAAAUCGCUUCCAGAGUGUGCUUUAACAGUUCGUGAAGCCGAAAUUGCGGUUCUCAAUAUGGAUUCCUCUACCCACAAUAAGUCCGACAUUCAAGCUGCAGAACAGACUCGUGAACGCGAGAGACAAGUCUAUGCCUUAACAUGGUUAAUGGCUGCUUGUGUAGGAGAGAAAAAUAGUUUUGUUCCCCGAGGUCGAAUCUUCGCGCAAUAUGCGGCAUCUUGUGCACAGAAUAACUUAAAGCCGCUUUCGCAGGCGACAUUGGGCAAACUUAUCAGAAUUCUUUUCCCUGGUCUUACCACUAGGCGUUUGGGUAUGCGUGGUCAGUCCAAGUAUCACUACUGCGGCCUGAGUCUCAUAAGCCCAUCUCGGUCUACCUCCCCCAAAUUGCUUUUAGCAGACUCUAACUUGUCACAAGUAAACGGAACCAGCCGCGAAGAGAAUGUCAGUGAGUCAUCGAAUAGCGAUGCUGAAAGCAAUCGCAAUUUAGAUGACAGUUCUCACUACCAGGUGAUCCCUCCAACGGCUUUGUCUCCUUCAAGGUCGCCACCUGUUAUUUUUCAGCACAACAAUAGGAGUAAUGCAGACAGUUGGAAUGACGCCGUUUCUUGGGAUUCUCUCAAAGUCAUAGAAGAGGUCUGUCGCAAUGGUUCAGCUGUUGAUAUCAAUCUGCCCUUGGAUAUUCCCUCCAUUAAUACCUACGUGCCGCAAAAUACUGAUAUUGAUAUAGCCACAUCACUCGAGUGCAUCUACAAGGCUCACUGCAACACCAUUCAAGAAAACAUCAGGUUUGCGAAGUUUGAUGAUUUAACAAAUACUCUAGAGUCGUUCAGCUCUAGUUCCAUUUCUCCUCCAAUGUUCGAUCUGUACAUUUCGGAUCACUUGUACGAUUGGGUAAAUCAAGCGGAUAUUGCAACACAUAAGACUGCUGUCAGAUCCUUGACGAAAUUCAUAAAGGAGUCUGCAACAGUGCCGCCCUCUGUGUCUGAAAAGCUUAUAGAAUUCUCCCACUCCUACCCGGAAAUGAUAUCAUCCGCUAAUAUCGACCUUCCCGUACCCAUGGUGAAGAGUAAGGUUUUGAUUGCCAAGAAGUUUUCUAGAUUGGUUAAACGCACGACUAGGGUGAUCCGGACCGCCAAAAGUGCUUCGAAGAUUUACAAAACCCCUUCUCCAAGGGUGGAAAUGUAUCAGGAUUGGAAAAAAUUCAUUAACGUUCCUGAUAUUUGUCGAUCGGAACUCUAUUGCUGCAACAAUGAUGAGAUCAUCUUAAAAAAGGUAGCAACCUUCAUUUCAGGUGCCAUCGAUAGCUUUUUUGAUUGUGAUGAGCACUUGCUUAGUGAGAACUUUGCGAUUGACUUAGCAAUCCGAAUUUUGUCCUUUCUCAUCAAGAUUCGAGACCAGCCAGUUGCCGUUAUAAUGGCAAAUGCCAAUGUCUUUACGACUGGUGUCAUCCGUGAAUUGAGCAUCAUGGGUUCCGAGCAUGCAGGUUCCUGGUGGGUCAUAAAGACCUUCAUAGACGAAUGGCUAUACUGGUGCGAUGAAGCGGGCAGUUUUUUGAUAUCGCCCGUUUAA